GGCGGGGCAAGAUGGCCGCGCGGGGCGCUCGGAGGACCUGAGAGGCGGCGGCCGCGGCCACGCCCCGCGCGGGAGGGCCGCUCUGUGCGCGCCCGCUCUAUGAUGCUUGCGCGCGUCCCCCGCGCGCCGCGCUGCGGGCGGGGCGGGUCUCCGGGAUUCCAAGGGCUCGGUUACGGAAGAAGCGCAGCGCCGGCUGGGGAGGGGGCUGGAUGCGCGCGCACCCGGGGGGAGGCCGCUGCUGCCCGGAGCAGGAGGAGGGGGAGAGCGCGGCGGGCGGCAGCGGCGCUGGCGGCGACUCGGCCAUAGAGCAGGGGGGUCAGGGCAGCGCGCUCGCCCCGUCCCCGGUGAGCGGCGUGCGCAGGGAAGGCGCCCGGGGCGGCGGCCGUGGCCGGGGGCGGUGGAAGCAGGCGGGCCGGGGCGGCGGCGUCUGUGGCCGUGGCCGUGGCCGGGGCCGUGGCCGGGGACGGGGCCGGGGCCGGGGCCGGGGCCGCGGCCGUCCCCCAAGUGGCGGCGGCGGCCUUGGCGGCGACGGCGGCGACGGCGGCGGCGGCGGCGGCGGCGGCAGCAGCGGUGGCGGCGGCGCCCCCCGGCGGGAGCCGGUCCCUUUCCCGUCGGGGAGCGCGGGGCCGGGGCCCCGGGGACCCCGGGCCACGGAGAGCGGGAAGAGGAUGGACUGCCCGGCCCUCCCCCCCGGAUGGAAGAAGGAGGAAGUGAUCCGAAAAUCUGGGCUCAGUGCCGGCAAGAGCGAUGUCUACUACUUCAGUCCGAGUGGUAAGAAGUUCAGAAGCAAACCUCAGUUGGCAAGGUACCUGGGAAACACUGUUGACCUCAGCAGUUUUGACUUCAGAACUGGAAAGAUGAUGCCUAGUAAAUUACAGAAGAACAAACAGAGACUGCGGAAUGAUCCUCUCAAUCAAAAUAAGGGUAAACCAGACUUGAAUACAACAUUGCCAAUUAGACAAACAGCUUCAAUUUUCAAACAACCAGUAACCAAAGUCACAAAUCAUCCUAACAAUAAAGUGAAAUCGGACCCCCAGCGAAUGAAUGAACAGCCACGUCAGCUUUUCUGGGAGAAGAGGCUACAAGGACUUAGUGCAUCAGAUGUAACAGAACAAAUUAUAAAAACCAUGGAACUCCCUAAAGGUCUUCAAGGAGUUGGUCCAGGUAGCAAUGAUGAGACACUUUUAUCUGCUGUUGCAAGUGCUUUGCACACAAGCUCUGCGCCAAUCACAGGGCAAGUCUCCGCUGCUGUGGAAAAGAACCCAGCUGUUUGGCUCAACACAUCCCAGCCCCUCUGCAAAGCUUUCAUAGUCACAGACGAAGACAUUAGGAAACAGGAAGAACGUGUGCAGCAAGUUCGGAAGAAACUGGAAGAGGCCCUGAUGGCCGACAUCCUGUCCCGAGCGGCUGAUACAGAGGAGAUGGACAUAGAAAUGGACAGUGGAGAUGAAUCCUAGACCUGAUCAGGUAACUUUCGACCGACUUCCCCCAAGAGCAAACUCCUAGAAUUGAACAAAAAAGCGUUUCUACUGGGUUUUGCCUGUAAGAAAAAACAAAAAUGUACCCGAGCACAUAGAGCUUUGAAUAGCACUAACCAAUGCCUUUUUAGAUGUAUUUUUGAUGUACAUAUCUAUUAUUCAAAAAAUAAUGUUUAUUUUGAGUCCUCGGACUUAAAAUUAGUCUUUUGUAAUAUCAAGCAGGACCUUUAAGAUGAAGCUGAGCUUUUUGGCGCCAGCUACAAUCUACUGGUAAUGUAGCACUUAUAUGAAUGAUUUGUUGCCCCCAGAGUUUUAAUAUGAACAGAUCAGGAAUACCAAAUAAAGUUCCCAAAUUAAGAUUAUUGUGACUUCACUGUAUAUAAAUAGAUUUUUUUAUACUUUAUGGAAAGAGGACACCUGUACAUUCUGCCAUCAUCACUGUAAAGAAACAAAUAAAUGAUUAUAUUCACA